AUGCGCAUCUCCGCGUCUCUCGGGGCCAUCGUGGCCACCGGGCUUUUGGGUCACUCCAGUGCCCAAGCCGCGGACUACGGUGUCACCCCUGGCGGUGUCAUCCCUGUUGGAUCUGUUGUUCCUGCUGGCAGCAUCCCCGGUGAUGGUUCAGUCAUUGUUCCUGGCAGCCUCCCUUAUCCUAACGGUGUUCCUCCUGUUGUUCCUGGCAGUCUCCCUUAUCCCAACGGUGCUCCUCCUGUUGUCCCCGGCAGUCUACCUUACCCCGGCGGUGCUCCUACUGUUCUCCCUGCUGGUGGGGUCCCCAGUGGCAUUCCCGGUGACGGUUCUGUUAUCGUUCCCGGCAGUCUUCCCUAUCCUGACGGAGUUUCUGGUGCCCCUGGAGCUUCUAUUCCCAGUUUCCCCACCUGCGCCACCGAAACAACGACUGUCAUUGUCACUGUCUAUCCCACAAACUCAGAUGGAACUUCAGAUGGCUUUCCAGAUGAUGAUUCUUUCCCAAAUGAUUCCAACCCUGACCAGACUGCGACUCAAUCUCCUGUUCCUACUCAACCUCCUUCUUUCACUGCCAAUCCAGCAAGCCCUGCUGUUUCGCCCUUUACCACUCUGACCAUUGACAUCUGGGGCUCACCUGAUGACGAAGGUGGCCUUGACGAUGGAACUGGCACUGGUGACGGAGCAGACCCUGGCAGCGAUGACACUGGUGCUGUCGAUGACAACGCCUCUGACGACGGCACCAAUCCUAGUGACGGCAGCGGUACCAGUGAUGGCACUACUCCAGGUGAUGGCCCUGGGUCAAGCGAUGGCUCGGAUUCCUCCUUCCCUCCUAUCCCUACCCCCGACACUGCACCUGAGUAUUCCAGCGAUGGCUCUGGUGGCUUCCCCACAGACUCAUCUGACAGCCUCACAGGCGGCCUUGGCGCAAGCACACAAGCAACUGGCCCUGGAUCACCAGGAGGUACUCCUAUCAUUCCCCCUUCCAACCCAUCUGGAGAUUCCGGCCAGCAACUCAGUGACAGCCUUCCCGUUUCCACUCAAGGCGGCGCUCAAGCUCCAGCUGGAGUCACUCCUUGGUUUACCAAUGCCCCCGGAACUGUUGGUAAUGGACCAAUGCCCACCACUUGGGUCACCAUCACAGGCGCAGAUGGGCUCCCAACCAUCAUCAACGGCGGGAGCGUUCCUGGUUUGCCUUCAUCUGCCUCUUCGGGCAUCUUCCCAACAGGCAAUGACCAAGGGCCACAAGGCAUUUCAACUGGCCUACCACUUCCCCCACCUGUCAUCACUGGCGCACCAGGCGGUAGUGUCCCUCAAGCACCUUCUGAUGGCUCUGGAUUCCCUUUCCCAGGCGAUGACUCUGCCAACAGCAUCACAACCUGUGUGGAGGUUACCAUCAUGGGGUCCGAUGGCCUUCCAACUGUUGUUGACUCGACUUGGGUGAUCCCAGCAAGCAUUCCUGCUACAGGUGCCUCAGCUCAACUCCCAGUUACUGCCAUUACACAGGGAUCUGAUGGUCUUCCUGUCACUGGUGAUCCCCAAGGCAGCUCAGGUGACUCUGGCCUCACAACCAGUACAAGUUACACUGUUAUUGGCACCGAUGGCCUCCCAACUGUCGUUCAAUCGACCUGGGUUGUCCCCAACCCCACACCAGUUUCCAUCCUCACACAACCCCCUGGCAUCCCAUCUUCUGAUCCCAAUGGUACCCCCGGCGGCAUCCCUGGUGGAAUCCCCACAGUGUCAAGCAACCAAGGAGGCGACGCUCCUAUUACCACCUGCACAAGCUACACUAUCAUUGGCACAGAUGGCCUUCCCACUGUUGUGGACUCAACUUGGGUUAUUCCGGGACCUGUCAACACUCUCGCCCCAUUCCCUGGAACCCCUGGCAUCCCCUCUGAGGCGUCUAGCGCUCUACCAAAUGGCAUCCCUCCUGCUGUUACUGGAUUUCCUUCGACUCUUGGCCCUGCUGGCUCCGGUGCCCCAGGAGCAGGUGUUGCCGUCACGACCUGCACAAGCUAUACCGUCAUUGGAUCAGAUGGUCUUCCUACUGUUGUUGAUUCGACUUGGGUGAUCCCAGGUGCCGUUGACACCCAGGGCUCUCUGCCCGGCGUCCCUUCCUUCGUCACCGAUGCCUUCCCACCUGGCCUUCCAACUGGCAUUCCAGGUCAGAUCACCGGAUCCCCAGAACUCCCACCCCCAGGGGACUCUGGCGUGGGAGGCGGCGUCACUACUUGUGUGACUUACACUGUCAUCGGCACAGACGGCCUUCCAACUGUUGUUGACUCCACUUGGGUUGUACCUACAGAGAGUGCCUUGCCAACUGGAACAAGCUUUGGUUUCCCCCCUGGUUCCCCUCAGAACACCAUCACCAGCAUUCCUCUGUCGUUCACAUCUGACGCCGCUGCGGGACAGUUCACAGUUCUCACAACAGCUGUCGUCGUUGGGCCAGAUGGCCAACCCACUCCUGUUGUUCAGACCGUUGUCUUGACUUCCGCAUCUGACCUUGGCCUUCCUACUGGAGCUCCCCAAGGCACUGUUUCUGGGAUCCCCGCGCCACCUCCUUCUGGACCCUUCAUUUCGAGCGGUGAUUCCAAUCCCCUGUCGACUGCCUAUCCUAGCCUUAGCGAGUAUGGCGCUGCAUCGCUGUCUCCCAUUGUUGGCGGAAGCAGUGCCGAUGCACAGGGUACAUUUGUCUCUGGCACUGUCACUGGUACACUCACCUCUACAAUGACCCAGGUUGUCGACUCCACUGGUGGUCCAAUUCUCUCUGGCGGUACCGCCGAGCCUCCUCUUUCCUCUGAUCCAUUGGGAAAUGGUGUACCUAUCUCCGAUGUUGGAUACGGCCCCGUUCCCAGUGAGAUCACUCUUUGGCCACAAGCAUCCAACCUUCAGACCAGCAUUUGGACCAACGUUAUCGAGGAGCCUACGACCACUUAUACGAUCAAGUUUCCUCUCACCACCAUGGCCACCAUCACCGUCCCCGCUGGCUCACCGGCCGGUAGACGAGUCGUUCGGCGACAAGACAGCUCUGAACCAUCAUUUUCGGCGUGGACCAACUCGAGUUCCUCGACCCUGUCGUCUACCAUGACAACUGCGGACACCUUUUCUACUCUGAGCGUCACAUCAUCUGCCACUUCUGGCGCCCCAACCAUGUGUUCAAUCGGCGGUCGAAUUGGAAACACAACAAUUGAUUUCGACGCAUCUAUGCCCGGGCCACUCUUCAAUCCUCUCGAGGCUAUUUGGUUCUCCGAAGGAUUUCACGUUGUACCACCAUCCUCGCAAAGUGUCCAACCAUACAUCCCAUCUUCUGGUGGCCAACUUGUGGAGUUUGUCCCCCCUUCCCUGACAAACACCACCACUGGUGGAUCUGGAGAUGUCGCUGAGAUUGGCAUGGGCCCUCAUUCCCCUAGCCCAUGCUUCAGAUUUGAUUUCUUCGGUGCAAGGGUGGGAUGCGAGACCCAAGGCAACGAGGAGUGGUGCGAGUUUGAGAUUUCCGCUUACCGCUACAACGACACUUCUUCCAGCGAGGAGUCCAUCGCUUGGUCUGAGGUCAAGCAAGUUCCUGCUUGCUCCACGUUCCUCGAGGGCGGCUACGAGCUGACUCCCAUUGAACUGGAGGGGUACAAGGAUCUCUCAUCGGUGUUGAUCACCGUCCGUGUUGGGCUGGAGUUGCGAACCUGGUGGGGCGAUGACUUCCGUGUCGGCUGGACCGACAACAGUUGCGUCGCGGAGGCCUGUCGCUCUAAUUCACCGCACCUCAGUGCCAAGCGAGAGACUGUUGAGUCUGCACUGCGAUUUGGAAUUUGGGGGUGGAGCCGAUCUGGGUUUGAGCGUCUAGACGAUGCGUUGGUGUGGGAGUCGAUGAACUGAAGGAUGUCUCUUGAUGGGAUGUCUCAAAACGUUGAUGGGAUUUGGCGAAACGCUUUGGGAGAAGAUUUGCUCUGUAUUCACUGACACCAUUUACGUGGAUUUCUUGGACGGCUGGUGUAAUGACUGAUACUGGGACGUGGGUUUAAUUCAGAGGCAAUUAGGUGGAGGCGGAGUCUUCAUGUCAGGUAUCAACAAAUAGCCCUUGCUUGCCCAAGUAAUC